UUGCUCGUCUCCUCGGCCCGACCUCGCUGGUUAGCUUACUUGAAAUAGCGUACGGUGUCGGUGAGUGGUCAGAACUUCCUGCAAAUUAUAGUUCCCUAACAACAGACAAAGCUAGCGAGCUUGUACUUGUAGUAGUCUAGAUUGUCUGGAUUCAAUACGAAUACGUUUAUUGAACAAAAGCACAAUUCAUCCCCCUAUGCAGGGUUCUAAGGGUCUUUCCAGAAACAGCAGAGUGUAAGACUGCAGACAUGUCGGGUCUCUCGGCAGACAUGGAUGACUUGCAGGAGCAGCCGACAAAGAAGGCCAGGCAUGAGCUAGACAUGGGACUUGAGAAAGAGCCCAGGGGCUUAGGUGAUGAAAGUAGUCCCUCUGCUCUCUUGGGCUCAGUAGAACAGGACAACUCUUACUCCACCUUGUCCAGUGCCUCUCUUGGAGGACAGCCUGGACCAGAAACUGGGUCAAGGCCUCAAGCAUGUGAUGACAACAUGAAUUCGUACACGCACACUGCUGUGACCUGCAAAGAGCUUACCACAACAACAGCCUCUGAAUAUACCUCACAGAUAUACCAAGGAAACAACCCAGCAGUGACAUCCUACACCAGCCAGGUGGGCUUCCCUCCUCUGGCUCAGUCCACAGUCUACACACCCUUCCCCCAGGCAGGGCAGACAUACGGCCUACCACCUUUCGGUGCUAUGUGGCCAGGCAUUAAGACAGAAACAGGGCUGCCUGAGGCGCCCUCUGUUGGCCAGCCUGGGUUUCUCAGCUUCAGCACUGACUAUACCUCCACACAGCCAGGCCAGGUGCACUACUCAUACCCCAGCCAAGGCUCCAGUUUCACCACAUCCAGUGUGUACACUAAUCUCACCUCAGCUACAGCCGCCACCACAACCUCGGCGUCUGUGGCUCACCAGGAAUUCAGCAGUUACAACUCUUUGGGACAAAGCCAGUUCCCCCAGUAUUACGCCCCGGCCCCCACCUAUGUGCCCGCUGGCCUGCCCAAUAACGACGGGCAUGGUGCCAAUGUGGGCGUGGCUGGUUACCCAGCCAUCAAGACAGAGGGCAGUGCCUCAGCCGGGCUGCCCAGCACUACAGAUGCGUCCCCACAUGAGAACCUCCCUACAGGAGUAGCUCUGCCUUCAGGGGUGGGCCUUCCUACGGGAGCCAGGGACCAGGAUGAGGCUGGCCGCAGGAACUCUGCUGGGAAGGCCAAGGCCAAGAACAAGAAGUCCGACAGCUCCCAACCCACUGACAUGGAUCUGGAGCGUGUGUUUCUCUGGGAUCUGGAUGAGACCAUCAUCAUAUUCCACUCUCUCCUCACUGGCUCAUUUGCUCAGAAAUUCGGCAAGGACCCUGCUUCAGUGCUGAACCUGGGCCUGCAAAUGGAGGAGCUGAUUUUUGAGCUUGCGGACACACACCUGUUCUUCAACGACCUGGAGGAGUGUGACCAGGUGCAUGUUGAAGAUGUGGCCUCAGAUGACAACGGCCAGGAUCUGAGCAGCUACAACUUCCUGGCGGACGGCUUCAACGGCCCCAGCAGUGGAGGGGCCUCUGGUGCCUCCACAGCGGUCCAGGGAGGGGUGGAGUGGAUGAGGAAAUUGGCCUUCCGCUACCGGCGACUAAAGGAGAUCUAUAAUGGAUACAAAGGGAAUGUGGGAGGCCUGCUGAGCCCCAUGAAGAGAGAGCUGCUCAUGAGGCUGCAGGCAGAGAUAGAGAACGUGACAGACGCCUGGCUCAGCACCGCUCUCAAGUCCCUGCUGCUCAUCCAAUCCAGGGGAAAGUGCAUGAAUGUGCUGGUGACCACCACCCAGCUGGUGCCUGCUCUGGCCAAGGUACUGCUCUAUGGCCUGGGAGACAUCUUCCCCAUCCAGAACAUCUACAGCGCCACCAAAAUAGGGAAGGAGAGCUGCUUUGAGCGCAUCAUCUCUCGCUUUGGGAAGAAGGUGACCUAUGUGGUGAUAGGGGACGGACGGGACGAGGAAUUUGCAGCGAAACAGCACAACAUGCCUUUCUGGAGGAUCUCCACCCACGGGGAUCUGGUGUCCCUCCAUCAAGCCCUGGAGCUGGACUUCCUCUAGAGCACCAUACGCUGGAGGUCAUUCUCACUAAAGAGGAAAUACAGUCACCUGCCUCUGCGGCCCCGCGGAGCCCUUAGCCCUCCCUCAACCCUCCCAACAUUCACACACACACACCUGCUCUCUGUAAGUCCUUACUUGCGUCUGACAGCCAUAGACUAAGGUGGAUUGGGAUGGUGGUUUUGGAAGAAUUGGGAGUAGAGCAGGACCGGACCCUGCCCAAGCGACUUUUCUCCCUCCCUCGGCAGCUAACCUCUCUCUGGCUGAACCUGGCACUUAACCACAAACAUCUCUUAAGCUCCAAAGUCUGUCUUUUCACCCAACCACCAGUGGCUGAGACUGUUCUUCUGUUUUCUCUCUACCCCCCCCUCCUCAAUGUAGUGGACUCACCAAAGGGACUACUGACUGACCAAAGGUCUGCACUGGCAUGGUCUCUUUGGGUUGUUUUCAGCUUUCUUCUUUUCAACCCCUCUGGAGGGUGUCCGGGAAAGUAUGAUGUCACUUCCCCAUCGGAAACAUCAGUUCCUCUUUUUUUUUUUGGCCACUCAUUCCUAAGCUUGAAAGCAUCUAUUAUUUACAGUCUUUGAAUAAAAUUCUGAGUUAAUGAGGCUGCAUUGACGAAGUCAGCCAUCAUUUACUGUAAGGUUUUUCCCAAAGUCGUAUGAGGUAUUUGGAAAGUAUUUUUACCGCUCUAGCCUUUCCCACUAGCUGACUAAUGGUAGUAGUAGUCAACAGUCAGAUGAUCCGACCAUGAGGCAGUCAGCUGACCUGACCUCUCCACUGUUACACCAGUCACUCCUGUGGAGGCUUUGCAGCCAGCCAGUCUGUCAGAGGCAUAUUGAAGAGCCAAACCUGCAUUCCCCUCCCUGCAUGCUUAGGACUAGUAUGAUAAUUGAAUAGUGUUUGUAAGGAUUAUGGAUUCAUUGAAAUCAAGAUGUUGCUUUUUAUCAGGUAGUAUGGAUGGGCCCAAGAAAGCAAUGCAUGGCAUUGCAUGCUUCAUCCAAACCCUUUUGGCUAACUGUUCCUCAGUGCACAGCCCUAAGUGUCCUUGAAAUCCUUUAAAAGAGACUUCUGUUGACAAGGCAUUUAAACAUUGCACAUUGCAUAGAUACAGUGGAACUGUUUUAGGUUAGGUUGCAGAAGGUUAUUUUUAUGGAAAACAUUAUUGGAUAUUUGUCUUGUUCAUUACAAUUUCUUAACAAUUUGAUCAACCACUAAUCCAAUCCCUUCGUAGGGAUUUUAAGAUGCAGGACAACUAACCCAAACUCAGCUGUAUAAAUCUACACUCCUGUUUAGUCUGUCUGUCCCAAAGCAUUGCAAACCCUCCCUUGUCAUUAUAGCCUACAUGUUGGGGAAAACAAGGGAUGUGCAAUACACGUAUGUCAGUGGUAUGCUCUUAAACUAUAUUUCAAGGUAAAUAACUUUUUUUUGCCUGAAGUAGCUGAUAAAGAAAGCUGGAUGGCCCAAAAUCCCUGGUCUGUGUGAGAUUGUGACUGAACAAUACUGAGCCUGAAGAAGAUUGUGUUCCUUGUUUUUGUUUUUUGUUUUUUACUCACAUGCAGCUUGACAAUUAAGAAUGUGUUUUCUGUGUAUUUGUUUGUAUUUCCUGAGUUUUCAUAAAUAUUUAUAUAGUGCCUUGUAGUCAAUACCAUUAUGAAUAUAUAAUCUCUUAAGGGAAUUACUUAAAUGUGUUUUAUGCAUUAUCAAUAAUGGUUGUUCCACACUUAAGCUGAAGUGUUAUUUUUCUUAUUGUGUUACCAUACUUUUUUUUUAAUGAUAUUACAAUAUACUUUAUUAAUCAGUGCAAAGACUUAGUUGGUCCUGUUGGACCGAUGCACAGGAGUAAUUGUUACCUGAGGAAAUUAUACCACUGAAACUCUUUCUCUGCUAUAGCUUUGUCCACUGAAGCAGUAGCAUUCCCUUUAGCCUUUCUAAAUUGGAAUCACAUUGUUGUUGCUUUCAGUGGCUUGUAUGACUAAGACAAUCAAUCCGUAAACUACAAGGUACUUUGAUUUAUGUUUAGACACACCGAUUUUGGGUAAAGAAAGUAUACAGAGUGAGGUCAUGUUAGCUCUCUGUUAAAAUAAUGAAAAACUACCUAAGUGAAUCAAGGAAAUGAUACUGUGACAUAUCUCUUUUAAAAUAAGUCCUUUGGAAAGUAAAUGUUAUCAAUGUAAAGUCAAUAUGGACUGAUCCAUUUUAUUUGAACCACCACACACAAUCAUUUGACUUGUUUUUCUAGAGACCAUUGAAGUUUACCAAUUGCAAAAUACAUCCCUUUUGUUGCAUUUUCUUUCUGUAAUGAGUUCUUCUCUGCUUGCAUUGUUUUUCUGGUUGAUUGGUUUGAUUUUAUUUGUUUUGAAGUGCAUGCGUUUCUAUAAAUGUUAUUUCUGUUUUAAAGUUUGUUGUUAUGAAAUGUAUGAGUAUGCGUUUUUUUACUAUGAGGGUCUGCUAUGGAUUUUACUCCCCACACUUGUUCCAAAGCCAAAAAACGAAGUACUGUUUGUCAUCUUGUUUCUAGAUCUGUCUGUGUUGGCUUAUGUAGAUUAGUGUGUGCAAUAUCUCAACUCAAUGCAAGAAGCUAUGAUGGCACAUAGCUUUGUAGGGAUCAACUUUAUCAUGUCAAUACUGAAUACACUUAAUAGGCUAACUUAUGUAAAGUAAGAACAGAUGCAGAGCUUUCUCUUGUGUAUGUUUUGUUUCCAGUCUGUUGGAUAGGACCGGAACACUGUUGAUCACCCUGCAAGGUUUUCCUGUGUACUAAUAUUACCCAUGUACAUUUAAAAAAAAUAAUAAAACUUUGAAAUGUA